AUGAUAAUUGGCGAUUACACAAAAACAAUCGUACCAAAAAAGACCAGAAGGAUUAAAGGUGCCAAUUCGCUUUUUGAUUUAGGCGAUAAGAAAGUUUCGAAAUAUGAUAAGAAAGAGUUAUUGAGGAUCUUGGGAGACAAUCGUUAUCAUUCCCCCGAAGAUUCA